UUUGGUUAACAUAUAAAUAACAUUAAUGAUCAUAACAAACAUGGAUAUAUCUUUAACUUACAUAUAAUUCUCAGAUAUGUUUAGUUGUUGGUUCUGAGUUGUGACAUAACAGCGAUUUCAUAAAAGCCAAAAAUCAAAUAACGAUGAUGAAAGGGAUCUCUUCAGUUUCUCAAUCGAUCAAUUAUAAUCCAUACAUCGAAUUCAAUCGACCGCAGCUUCAGAUCAGUACUGUGAAUCCCAAUCCAGCUCAAUCUCGAUUUUCCCGCCCUCGAUCCCUCCGUGUUCUCUCACUCUCCGCCGAUCCAUCGGCAAAUCGGAAUCCUAAAUCAGCCGUUGACGCACACGCGCCGCCACUGGUGGUUGUGGGAUCUGCGAACGCCGAUAUCUAUGUGGAGAUCGAGAGAUUACCCAAGGAAGGGGAAACGAUUUCGGCCAAGACAGGGCAAACGCUCGCCGGAGGAAAAGGCGCGAAUCAGGCGGCGUGUGGAGCGAAGCUAAUGUAUCCGACUUACUUCGUUGGUCGUUUGGGAGAGGACGCGCACGGGAAGCUAAUAGCUGAGGCGUUGGGCGAUGAUGGGUGUGGGGUUCACUUGGACUACGUGAGAUCUGUGAAUAAUGAGCCGACGGGACACGCGGUGGUGAUGCUUCAGUCGGACGGUCAGAAUUCGAUCAUUAUCGUUGGUGGUGCAAAUAUGAAAGCUUGGCCUGAGAUUAUGAGCGAUGAUGAUCUUGAGAUUGUGAGGAAUGCUGGUAUUGUGCUUCUGCAAAGGGAGAUCCCAGAUUCCAUCAAUAUUCAAGUUGCUAAGGCUGUGAAGAAAGCAGGUGUUCCAGUCAUCCUUGAUGUGGGAGGAAUGGAUACGCCUAUACCAAAUGAGCUAUUGGAUUCCAUUGAUAUCUUGAGCCCCAAUGAAACUGAGCUCAGUCGCUUGACAGGAAUGCCAACUGAAACUUUUGAACAGAUUAGCCAAGCUGUUGCAAAGUGCCAUAAGUUGGGAGUUAAGCAAGUUCUAGUAAAACUCGGGUCCAAAGGAUCUGCACUAUUCAUACAAGGGGAAAAACCAAUCCAGCAGUCUAUCAUACCGGCUGCACAAGUGGUUGAUACUACAGGAGCUGGGGAUACUUUCACUGCAGCAUUUGCAGUCGCUAUGGUAGAGGGCAAGUCCCAUGAGGAAUGCUUGAGAUUUGCUGCUGCAGCUGCCUCUCUUUGUGUCCAAGUAAAGGGUGCAAUACCGAGCAUGCCUGACCGAAAAUCUGUUUUGAAGCUCCUUAAAUUUAGUAUCUAAAACUGAUACUCUUUUCAAGUCCUCUUAUCAAUAAAAGUUGUUCAGAUUUCAUCCUCUAUUUUCAUUUUUUUUUUCUUUUUCAUUUCACUCAAAUUUUAUAAACAAAAACACAAUUCACCAGAAACAAGUCUUAGUUAAGUCAAUUGUCCAAAGCAUGCUGACGCAGGCAGUGGCCUAAGCAACUAACGAGAAUCUCUUUUUUCUUCUUCUUUGAAAGCAAC